GAUUGGCCGCCCCGCGCCCCGCCCCGCCCGGGGUCCCGGGAGCUGUCCGGCAGCCUCGGUGCUGAUCCCGCCGCUGCCCACGGGCCGCGAGCAGCGCUGAGGGCACUAUGAGCGGGGGCGUCUACGGCGGAGAUGAGGUGGGGGCGCUGGUCUUUGACAUUGGCUCCUUCUCAGUCCGCGCUGGGUACGCUGGGGAGGACUGCCCCAAGGCUGACUUUCCCACCACAGUGGGGCUGCUGGCCGCGGAGGAGGGGGGCGGGCUGGAGUUGGAGGGGGAGAAGGAGAAGAAAGGGAAGAUCUUUCACAUCGACACCAAUGCCCUCCACGUGCCUCGGGAUGGAGCAGAGGUCAUGUCACCCCUCAAGAAUGGCAUGAUCGAGGACUGGGAGUGCUUCCGUGCGAUCCUGGAUCACACCUACAGCAAACACGUCAAGUCUGAGCCAAAUCUACACCCAGUGCUCAUGUCCGAGGCCCCGUGGAACACACGGGCCAAGCGGGAGAAGCUGACGGAGCUGAUGUUCGAGCAGUACAACAUUCCUGCCUUCUUCUUGUGCAAGACAGCUGUGCUUACUGCCUUUGCAAAUGGACGCUCCACAGGUCUGGUGCUGGACAGUGGGGCCACCCACACCACGGCCAUUCCAGUGCACGAUGGCUACGUCCUGCAGCAAGGCAUUGUCAAGUCACCCCUGGCAGGGGACUUCAUCUCCAUGCAGUGCCGAGAGCUCUUCCAGGAAAUGGCAAUUGAUAUCAUCCCGCCUUACAUGAUCGCAGCCAAGGAGCCCGUACGGGAGGGCGCCCCCCCAAACUGGAAGAAGAAGGAGAAGUUACCCCAGGUUUCCAAGUCCUGGCAUAACUACAUGUGCAAUGAGGUGAUCCAGGACUUCCAGGCCUCCGUGCUGCAGGUCUCGGACUCUCCCUAUGACGAGCAGGUGGCUGCGCAGAUGCCCACAGUGCACUACGAGAUGCCCAAUGGCUACAACACAGACUAUGGUGCGGAGCGGCUCCGCAUCCCUGAGGGCCUGUUUGAUCCCUCCAAUGUCAAGGGCCUUUCGGGGAACACCAUGCUAGGUGUGGGCCACGUGGUGACCACCAGCAUCGGCAUGUGCGACAUUGACAUUCGCCCGGGCCUGUACGGCAGUGUCAUUGUCACUGGUGGGAACACGCUGCUCCAAGGCUUCACUGACAGGCUCAAUCGAGAGCUUUCCCAGAAGACUCCACCGAGCAUGAGACUGAAGCUCAUCGCCAGCAACAGCACCAUGGAGCGCAAGUUCAGCCCCUGGAUCGGGGGCUCCAUCCUGGCCUCACUGGGCACUUUCCAGCAAAUGUGGAUCUCCAAGCAGGAAUAUGAGGAGGGCGGGAAGCAGUGUGUGGAGCGGAAGUGCCCCUGAGGGCGCCCGCUCCCCGUCCACAGGCCCGCCUGCAGCGGUGGGGGAGGGAACGCGAAAGCAAGGAGAUGGUUUCCCCCACCUCUGCUCCGCCAGCGCAGACCGAAGCCCCCAACGCUGCCAGCGCCCGCUUUUCUUCCCUUCCCCACUCGUCCUCUUAGAUUGUGAUGUUUCUGGGUUGAAAGGAGUAAAAAUGUUUUAA